GCGACAAGGAAAUGGGUCGCGUAAGUGACGUCGACGACAACAGCCGAAGAUAUCGCGAAGUCGUUCCUCCGGAUGUAGUGGAGCUGAUUCGCAAAUACUCCGAGAUUUUCCCGGACGACCUGCCCGCUGGACUUCUGCCAAGCCGACCAGAAGACCACCGCAUCGAGCUGGAACCAGGCGCCCAACCGACAGUACAGCGACAAUUUCGACUCAGCCAACCAGAACUGGAAGAAUUGCAGCAGCAACUGGAUUACCUUCUGACGAAGGGAUUUAUCCAGCCCAGCACGUCCCCAUACGCCGCCCCGAUACUGUUCACACUGAAAAAAGAUGGAGGAUUCCGCAUAUGCAUCGACUACCGCGCACUCAACAGGAUCACAAUCAAGUCGCGUUACCCGAUCCCGCGAGCUGACGAACUACUCGACCAACUUCGCGGAGCCAAGUUCUUCUCGAAAAUCGACUUGCGAGGAGGUUACCAUCAAAUUCGCGUCGCCGCCGAAGAUUGUCACAAAACCGCCUUUUGUACUCGCUACGGCAGCUACGAAUACUUAGUGAUGCCUUUUGGCCUCAAGAACGCCCCCUCGACAUUCCAGAUGACCAUGAAUAGCAUUUUCAUGGAACUCUUGGAUAAAUGCAUUACUAACUACCUCGACGACAUACUAAUCUACAGCCGCAGCACGGAGCAGCACUUACAGGAUCUUGAUGCAGUCUCCAUGCUACUGCACAAGAAUCGCCUCAUCACGAAAGGGUCUAAGUGCGACUUUCUUAAACAAGAUUUGGAGUUUUUAGGCCACGUCGUUUCUACCGAAGAAGUGAAAAUCGACCCCAAGAAAAUCAAGACCAUACAGGAGUGGAAGUCGCCAACCAACAUCAAGGAGCUGCAGAGUAUUUUGGGUUUCGUCAACUACGUCCGCCGAUUUAUCCCGAAUAUGGCUGGGUUAUCUGCCCCGCUCACUGGCCGACUCUGAUAGGAUUAAGGACGGAGUCUGGGUGA